AAUACAUGGCGGCACGUUACGUACUUUUCUUUCAUAUCUUUAAGCAAGAUCAGCCGCGAAUACUGCGACUGUGAAAAUAAUUCCUAAAGUCAGUUUUCCGUUGUAUUUCAAGUGACGAUAACGCUUUCGGUCUAGAAGGAGUGUGGGCCUAAAAAAAACACAAUUCGGGAAUUUAUCUACAACAAAAUAUAAAUACGUUAUAAGAAAAAGCUUAAUCGCGUUCUGAUUAUUUUUGUUAUCUGGCCAUUAUAGGUAUUUAAUGUUUCGGUAGGAGAUGAUCGGUUGUUCAAUCAUGUUAUUGGUGCGCCGGUGAUACAGAACAGAUCCAUUUUUAAUUUAUCCCAUACUUUCGAUGUGAUUUAUGCGAAAAUUUAGAGACGAAUAAUAGCAGUGUGUUGGGAGAUCAAAAGAGUUGUUUCGGUGGAAGGUACACAUGAAUGACUGAUGACUAUGUCAAGGAAUAGUGAGCAAUAUGGACCGCAGUCGUCCCACAGUGAUGAGGAAGCUCCUUAUGUUCCUGCACAACGAACCUAUCAAGGAUUAGCUACAUCCGAAGAUGAGAACAUGGGAUGCAUUGAGGUCCUUGCGACCCUGGUUUCAAUUAUAGUCAUGGUCAUUACUUUCCCAAUUUCAAUAUUCAUCUGCUUCAAAGUAGUAUCGGAAUUUGAACGAGCAGUCAUAUUUCGUAUGGGACGCCUAAGGAGUGGCGGUGCACGAGGUCCCGGAGUAUUCUUUGUCUUGCCUUGUGUCGACGACUACUGCAAAGUAGAUUUACGAACAGUGUCUUUUGAUGUCCCUCCACAAGAAGUCUUAUCCAAGGACUCAGUUACAGUCUCUGUCGAUGCAGUUGUCUAUUAUCGUAUUAGUGAUCCUUUGAAGGCGGUGAUUCAAGUUGCUAAUUAUAGUCACUCUACUAGAUUGUUAGCAGCGACCACUCUACGAAAUGUUUUAGGUACAAGGAAUCUGUCAGAGCUGCUUACUGAGAGGGAAGCGAUCUCUCAUACUAUGCAAGUUUCACUAGAUGAGGCAACAGAUCCGUGGGGAGUGAAAGUUGAACGUGUUGAAAUAAAGGACGUGUCACUUCCAACUGCGCUUCAGCGUGCAAUGGCUGCUGAAGCUGAAGCAGCUCGAGAAGCUCGAGCCAAGGUAAUCGCCGCUGAAGGUGAAAUGAAGUCUGCGCGUGCUUUGAAAGAGGCUUCCGAAGUUAUCUCCGAAAGUCCAUCGGCGUUGCAGUUGCGGUAUCUUCAAACACUCAACAGUAUUUCGGCAGAGAAAAAUUCUACAAUUAUUUUCCCAUUGCCAAUGGAACUUCUUUCGCCAUUCCUGAACAAAGCUCAAAAGUAAAUGUGUUUUUUGAGCAAGGGUCCAAAAUAAAUAAAAGUUAUAUUAGA